UAUCAAACCUGAGGUCGUGAUAACUCCUGAAAAUAAUCUUCAGCAAAAGCAUAUUCAGCGCAUUUCAGUUCUCUCUGAAGGUCAAUGGGGAACGAAAACUCUAAAGGUUCUUCUACAAAUGAAAGGCCCUCGCGCUUGUCUCGAUUCAAGCAGAAGCUUCACUUCCGUCGGCCACGUAACAGUGGCUCCACUUCUUUAUCUCAUCAUAAGUUGUUUACUGCGGACGACUUCGCAGGAAUUGCUAUACUCACUCUCAUCGGCGCUGAAAUGAAGUUCAAGGACAGGUGGCUUGGAUGUGUUUCUUUUGGAGAGCAGACGUUUCGCACUGAGAAAUCUGAAAACACGGAUAAACCUAUUUGGAAUUCUGAAAAAAAACUUCUUCUGGAACGAAAUGGGCCUCACAUUGCUAGGAUAUCAGUAUUUGAGACGAAUAGAGUGUCAAAGAACAAUCUCAUAGGAUAUUGUGAGAUUGAUCUACUUGAAUUUCUUACACGGGAUUCGGAUUCUGACUUUGAGGUAUUCGACCUUUCCAAUCCGUCAUCACCUGAUGUAGUUGUUGGCAACAUUUCUCUUUCGUGUUCUGUUGAGGAUCGAAUUGAAACGGAGAAAAGUUUUGCAAGACGCAUCUUAUCUAUUGUGGAUUAUGAUGAAGAUGGAAAACUUUCGUUCUCAGAGUUCUGUGACUUAAUUAGUGCUUUUGGCAAUCAAGUGGCUGCUAGCAAGAAAGAGGAGCUUUUUAGAACUGCUGACCGGAAUGGGGAUGGUGUUGUGAGCAUGGAUGAGUUGGCUGCCCUUCUUGCUCUUCAACAAGAAAAGGAACCACUUAUGAAUUGUUGCCCUGUUUGUGGAGAGGUUCUGGAAGUUGAUGAUAAGCUGAACACAAUGAUUCAUUUGACUUUAUGUUUUGAUGAAGGAACCGGAAAUCAAGUUAUGACCGGAGGAUUCUUAACCGAUAAGCAAGCUUCAUAUGGGUGGAUGUUUAAACUAAGUGAAUGGGGGCAUUUUUCAUCUUAUGAUGUUGGUUUAAACUCUGGAUCAAGUGCUUCACAUAUUCUGGUAUUUGAUCGGAGGACAAAGAGGCUGGUAGAAGAAUUAAUUGAUGGAAAGAUCAUUCUGUCAAUGAGAGCAAUUUAUCAAUCAAAAGUAGGGCUUGGCCUUAUGGAUAUAGGAACAAAAGAACUGUUAAAGAGCAUCUCUGAAAAGCAGGGGAAAAAAAUGAAUUCAGUCGAAUCUUCUAAAGACAUACUGAAGUUUAUUGAAUUUUUCAAGGAUCAAAUUAAUUUGGCUGAACUGAAGUACCCUUUGGAACAUUUUAAGACAUUUAAUGAAUUCUUCAUAAGAGAGUUAAAGCCGGGUGCAAGAACAAUUGCCUCUCUGGAAAAUGAUGAAGUUGCUGUAUGUGCUGCUGACAGUCGUCUAAUGGCUUUUAAAUCGGCGGAAGAUAGUUUACGAUUUUGGAUUAAGGGUCGAAAGUUUUCAAUUCAUGGCCUCUUGGGAAAAGAAAUUUGUUCUGAUGCCUUCAUUAAUGGAAGUUUGGUGAUAUUUCGGUUGGCACCCCAGGAUUAUCAUCGUUUCCAUUUUCCAGUCUCUGGAGUCAUUGAGCGAAUGGUAGAUAUACCUGGAUGCCUGUACACGGUUAAUCCCAUUGCUGUUAAUAGCAAGUAUUGUAAUGUUUUCACGGAGAACAAGCGAGUUGUAUCAAUCAUUUCUACUGCAAAUUUUGGAAAGGUGGCUUUCAUUGCAAUUGGAGCAACAAUGGUUGGUAGUGUCACUUUUUUGAAAAAGGAAGGUGAUUUUGCCAAGAAAGGAGAUGAGUUUGGAUACUUCUCUUUUGGUGGAAGUACAGUAAUUUGCGUCUUUGAAAAGGAUGCUAUAAAGAUAGAUGAAGACCUCCUAGCAAACAGUGGCAGAUCACUUGAGACAUUAGUUAGUGUUGGAAUGAGUUUGGGCGUCUGUAUCAAGGAAAUAGCCGAACCUGCCUUACCAAACUUAGAGAAAAUUGUGUUAUAGGAGUUUGAUACAACUCAUAUGAGGUUAGUUUUAUAUUUAUACUAUCUUUGACAAUUGAACUUUGUGGAAAAAUGAUGUAUUUGAUUCUCUAGUAUUACUAUUUCAUAUCAGUUAGACGUGAUAAUUUAUUAUGGAAAAAUAGUGAUUAAUUUUA